AUGGCAUUCGCUACAGUAACCGCUUCAGUCACCUCGUCCUUGCGUCGUCGUGGUGAGCGGGUCAAGGAACAUGUCAAGCAGAAGAAGUCGCCCUCUGGCUGGGUGCUGCCGAGGCAGACGACAACGUUCACAGAUGAAGGUAGCUGGUCUAACAUCGACUCCGACGUGACUCCUAUUGAGCGACGCACCUGGUCAACAUGGACUGUCCUGGGUUUCUGGUUCAGUGAUGCCCUGAACGCCCAGGGCUGGGAGGGUGCUGCCUCUAUUAUCGCCGUGGGGCUUACAUGGAGGGAAGCUCUCUACUGUCUCAUCAUCGGCUAUACCAUGGUCAUUAUUCCCCUUAUGCUCAACGGAGCCAUCGGCGCCCACCUCCACGUCAAUUUCGCCGUGGCUUCACGGUCUUCCUUCGGAUUCUACCUCUCACGAGGAGCAGUCGUCAUUCGUAUGAUCACUGCGCUGUUCUGGCAUGCCAUCCAAACAUACACCGGGUCAACAGCCAUGACACAAAUCAUUCGCGCCAUCUGGCCCUCCUAUCUGAACAUCCCGAACACGAUUCCCGCGUCAGCGGGUAUCACGUCGCAGCAACUAUGUUCUCACGUUCUGUUCUGGAGUCUACAAUUUCCCUUUCUCCUGAUCCCGCCACACAAACUUCGCUGGUUUUUUGUGUUCAAGACGGUCAUCGUUAUGGUCGUGUCAGUCGCGGUGAUCAUCGCGCUGUGCGUUCAGGCGGGCGGCGCCGGUGAUAUUUGGAUGCAACAAGCUACCGUUUCAGGGCCAGCCAAAAGCUGGCUAGUUCUCUCGUCUAUGUCAAGCAUUACCGGUUCAUGGGUAACAAUGGGAACUAAUAUUCCCGACUUUACCCGUUACUUGAAGAAAUCCAAGGGAGUGUAUUGGCAGGCGCUCUUCAUGCCUUUCAUCGCAUCAUUGAUGGGCAUUUUCGGCAUCAUUGCGGCAAGUGCUGGUAGGGUUCUCUAUGGUAGUUAUAUCUGGGACCCCGUCCAAAUGGCUGCGCAGUGGGAUGGACCAAGUGGUCGUUGUGGCGCCUUUUUCGUUGGUCUCUGCUGGGUCGUGGCACAGAUUGGAACGAACAUUUCGGCCAAUGUUAUCUCCUGCUCAAAUGAUAUGACAACCCUUUGCCCCAAGUAUAUCAAUAUUCGCCGUGGCGCCAUCAUCACAACCCUUAUUGGAGGCUGGGUCAUGGUUCCUUGGAAGAUCAUCUCGUCGGCCGCUUCCCUGUUGACUUUUAUGGCCUCACUGGCCGUUUUCCUGGCGCCGAUUUCCGCCAUUAUCGGAGCCGACUUCUGGAUUGUCAAGAGGCGGCGCGUUGACAUUCCAUCUCUGUAUCGGCGUCAGGGCAUCUACCGGUAUAAGGGAGGAGUCAACUGGCGCGCAGCCGUUGCCUUCCUUAUUUCCGUCGUUCCCAAUCUUCCGGGCAUGGCACAUGCUGUGACGCCAAGUCUUUCCGUGGGCACGAUCGUUCAUAUUUACGACAUUAGCUUCAUGUGGGGAUUCAGCAGUGGAUUCAUCAUCUACUGCGCGCUCAACUAUUUCUGGCCGGCGACCGAGACGCUCGUCGAGUCCACUAUUUUCGACGAAACCAAGAUGGUGAACGGUGUCCCGGUUUACAACGAUGGGCUGGCAACGCCGUCGGAAUCGAAAUUUGAAGCGAAAUUUGAAGGGAAAUCUAUAUCACCAGUGACUAGUUCUGUUUAA